UUUCACCUCUAUUCCUGGCGGCUAUGAUUCGGCCUAACGUUUCUUCUUCCAUUUUUAUUUGAUUUAGUUUUUCUUAGCGACUUUUCCCGGAUUCUAUUAGAAUUCCGUUCUGUCCUCCAGAAAUAUACCAGAAUGAAUAUUUAACGCGCUCCAACGCGGUUAUUGGCCAUCUAUUCUUAGCUUGCAAGAAAUAUUGGAGUAUCUUUGGUAUUUAUUCCGGUUGGUUGAUUCGGCUGUUGAGAAAAGGGCGAGAAGGAAAAGAUGGGAGCUUGCUGCGGCAAAGGGAAGGAAACUAGACCAGCAUCAAAUGUGUAUUCCUAUCAGAGGCCACGGCCGCCGCCACAGGCGGUGAAACCCUCACCACCGCCGCCAACUUCUUACCGGCCCGAGGCUCCGCCAACGGGAACUCGUCAUUCUCCACCUUCUCCACUAAAGCCAAAUCCACCAGUUCCAUCACCUAAGCCUGCCCUAACCUAUGAUACAAUUCUUGACAAACCAUUUGAUGAUGUUAGACGCAACUAUACUCUUGGCAAGGAGCUUGGCCGGGGACAAUUCGGUGUCACCUACCUUUGCACAGAGAAUUCCACUGGUCAUUCUUAUGCCUGCAAGUCCAUUUCGAAACGCAAGCUUGUGCAUAAAAAUGACAAGGAGGAUACCAAGAGGGAGAUCCAAAUCAUGCAGCAUUUGAGUGGGCAGUCAAAUAUUGUAGAAUUCAAGGGUGCAUAUGAGGAUAAGAAUUCAGUUCAUCUUGUGAUGGAGCUAUGUGCAGGUGGUGAGCUUUUUGAUCGGAUAAUUGCGAAAGGGCAUUACACGGAGCGCGCAGCUUCGAGCAUAUGCAGGGAUAUUGUUAAUGUGGUGAAUAUUUGCCAUUUCAUGGGUGUGAUGCACCGGGAUCUUAAGCCUGAGAACUUCUUACUUGCAACAAAAGAUGAAGAUGCAUUGCUUAAGACUACUGAUUUUGGGCUCUCAGUUUUUAUUGAAGAAGGAAAAGUGUACAGAGAUAUUGUUGGAAGCGCGUAUUAUGUUGCUCCUGAAGUUCUAAAACGUAGCUACGGGAAAGAAAUAGAUAUCUGGAGUGCUGGCGUUAUUUUGUACAUUCUUCUCAGUGGUGUUCCUCCUUUCUGGGCAGAAACCGAAAAAGGAAUAUUUGAUGCUAUCUUGAAAGGUGAUAUUGACUUUGUCAGUGAACCCUGGCCUUCUAUUUCUAGCAGUGCCAAGGAUCUAGUUAGGAAGAUGCUUACCCAGGAUCCUAGAAAGAGAAUUACCUCUGCUCAAGUUCUUGAGCAUCCUUGGAUCAAAGGUGGAGAGGCAUCUGAUAAACCCAUAGAUAGUGCAGUUCUUUCUAGGAUGAAGCAAUUCCGGGCAAUGAACAAACUAAAGAAAUUGGCCUUGAAGGUUAUUGCUGAGAGUCUAUCUGAGGAAGAAAUUAAGGGGCUGAAGCAAAUGUUUUCGAAUUUGGACACCGACAAAAGUGGCAGCAUCACAUAUGAAGAACUGAAGACUGGUUUAGCACGGCUUGGUUCGAAGCUUUCUGAAGCUGAAGUAAAACAGCUUAUGGAUGCUGCUGAUGUGGAUGGUAAUGGAACCAUCGACUACAUUGAGUUUAUCACCGCCACAAUGCACAGGCACAAGCUGGAAAGGGAUGAGAACUUAUAUAGUGCCUUUCAGUAUUUUGAUAAGGAUGAUAGCGGGUUUAUUACAAGGGAUGAACUUGAAACGGCAUUGGAGGAGCAUGGUAUGGGCGAUGCAGCCACAAUAAAGGAAAUAAUAUCAGAGGUUGACGCAGACAAUGAUGGCAGGAUCAACUACGAAGAAUUCUGCGCAAUGAUGAGAAGUGGAUUUCAGCAACCAGCUAAGAUUAUUUAGUGCCCUCUCUGAUGGUAAAUACAAGUUUUUUCUUAGUUAUCUCGCACUGAACUAGAACAAAGACAUGCUAUUUCUUCUUCCAUUUGAGAUCGGAAAUGGUACAGAAAUGAGAUUCUGUUUUUGUAUCAAAUGAAUGAAUUGUACUUAGCCGUUAGGUGUAAAUUAGUAUGGGUUCUUUUUUCAUUUUAUGCUGCUCUGAGAUAUGAGCUUCUGAAUAAAGAAAGCUCUGAAAUAUGAGCCUGCUUCUUGCUUUUCCUAUUUUUUUGUCAAUGGAUUUUGUCUUCAGUGACUUAUUUACUGUUGUUCGUCUAAUGUUUCUUGUACAAUGAAGAGUUGAUCUUACUUUUAA